GGCUCCUCUCUGGAAACCAUCGGGGCCUCUUGCUGCGCCUUUCUUUUGUCGUUGGACGCGUUUGCGCCCUCGCGGCACUUCUUGCGCGCCGUGACCCCGCGAAGCCCGCCGGCUGUCCCCGAAGAGCGCAGUGCGCGGCGCCUCCAGCCCCGGAGAGGCUCCUAUGGGACUCCCGUGUGAGGCGCCCUCCGCCCCAGCAGAUGGCAACACUCGUGGGCUGGCCCUUCCUCCUCCCCGCGGCAGGAAAUGAGCGCCGUCUGGGCGCCCGGGAGGAGAGCGCGCUGUGGCGGGCACGGGCCUCGUGAGUGCCGGGAGCGGGAGAGCGCGCAAGGCCGCCUCCGCCGCCGCCCUGCCCGGGCCCUUCCGCGCCUGCCGAGCUGCCAAGAUGGGGAAGAAGAGCAAGAAAGAGCGGAAGGUGAAGGGCGCGGAGAAAACCGCGGCCAAGAUGGAUAAGAAGGUCUCCAAGAGGGCCAAGAAAGAGCAGGAGGAUCUUGAAGCUCUGAUCGCUGAAUUCCAGACAUUAGAUGCUAAAAAGACUCAGGUGGUUGAGACAACCUGCCCCCCACCCUCCCCAAGGCUCAACGCAUCUCUGUCUGCGCAUCCCGAAAAAGAUGAACUAAUCCUGUUCGGAGGUGAAUAUUUCAAUGGCCAAAAAACGUUCCUGUACAAUGAGCUGCUUGUUUACAGCAUUCGGAAGAACGGCUGGGCCAGAAUCGACAUCCCGAACCCGCCUCCCCGCCGCUGUGCUCAUCAGGCUGUGGUGGUAGCUCAGGGUGGUGGACAGCUGUGGGUAUUCGGCGGGGAGUUUGCUUCGCCAGACGGGGAGCAGUUCUACCACUACAAGGACCUCUGGGUUUUGCAUUUGGCUAGCAAAACCUGGGAGCAAAUCAAGGCCACCGGGGGUCCUUCGGGUCGGAGUGGGCACCGCAUGGUGGUGUGCAAGAGACAACUGAUUGUCUUCGGAGGGUUCCACGAAAGUGCGAGAGAUUACAUUUACUACAAUGAUGUUUAUGCCUUUAACCUGGACACAUUUGCCUGGACCAAGCUGGCUCCCUCUGGGAUUGCCCCUGCUCCAAGAUCUGGUUGCCAUCUGGCUACCACUCCUGAAGGCAACAUCCUUGUCUAUGGAGGCUACUCCAAACAGCGGAUUAAAAAAGACGUUGACAGAGGCACUCUCCAUACGGACAUGUCACUGUUGAAGGCCGAAAGCUUAGACAAAUGGACAUGGGCUCGGAUUAAUCCUUCCGGUGUGAAGCCAACUCCCCGCUCUGGCUUCUCGGUGGCGAUGGGUCCUGGCAACCGGUCUCUUCUGUUUGGCGGGGUACACGAUGAGGAAGAGGAGGAGCAGCUUGAGGGAGACUUCUUCAAUGACAUUUAUUUCUACGACCUGGCAAAGAACCGGUGGUUUCCUGGACAGUUAAAGGGCCCAAAGUCUGAGAAGAAGAAGAGGCGUCGAGGCCCCAUGAUGGAGGAUUCUCAUGCAGCUCUGCAAGUUGAGGCUGGCGGUGAAGAUGGUGAGCGUGAGGGACGGCUUCCUCCAGGGCCCGUGGAGAUCGUGAAGGAGGUGGUGGCAGAGGACGGGACAGUCAUGACUAUCAAGCAGGUGAUCUCAGCCCCUGAGCUGGAGCCACAGAGGUCGGAGUCAGAGGACGAAGAGGAUGGCGUGGGGGACGAGGCCUCCAGCCAGCAGGUGGAGCCGUGCCCACGCUCAAACGCCAUGCUGGCAGUGAAGCACGGGAUGCUCUUUGUUUACGGGGGAAUGUUUGAGGUUGGCGACCGCCAGUUCACUCUCAACGACCUCUAUGCUAUUGACCUCCACAAGAUGGAAGAAUGGAAGGUCCUUGUGGAGAUGGACCCAAAAACGCAGGAAUGGCUUGAAGAAUCGGAGUCUGAGGAAGAGGGAGAUGUAGAAGGUGCAGAGGGAGGAGAGGAGGAGGAAAAAGAAGAAGAGGAGGAGGAAGAGGACUCUGACAAUGCGGAGAGUGGAGAUGAAGAAGAGGAGGAGCAUCCCCCUGUGCAGUGUGAUGAAAAGUACACAGACUACCUCUCCAGGACGGAGCAAUACUGGGUGAAAUUGGCCCGCCGGAAGAUGGGCCCUGAAGCCAAAGAGAAGAAGAUGGCAAAAGUGGGGCACGCGAUGGCAAAGGCCUUCUAUGAAGGGCCUGCCUAGAUGAGGCUUCCCUGCCCCUAAAUGAGAGUCGGACACCUGCUGGAGCCACUGGAUGUAAUUCGAAGCAAACUGGGACGGUUGUGAUGCUCCUCUUCCUGGCUUGCCUGGUGGGCUGCAGGAGCUCAGAGACCCCGUGGCUGUGAGGGUGUUGAUCCGUUGUCUUGCUGGUCUCUGUGUGCCUGAGCCAUCAAGGAGGUCAUUCGUUAGAAAGCUUGUUCUUAAACAGGCUGCAUUGAUUCAAGAGCCAGUCCCACCCACCCCGCACAGUUGGGUGAUCUCAUGGUACAACUUUCCUUGACUAUAACAGUGAGGGGGAGUGAUGUCUUGACUGCUUCCCCCGUGGAAGGGGAAAACUCCCCUGCAGAUAGAAAAAUUAGCUUUGGCAGGUUAGCUUUCUGUUCGGUGUGCUCAGCCUUCUCUGCCCAGGGAUAUGUUUCUCCCCCACGUGGAUUGAAGCAUGCCGUUCUCCAUCGGCAGCCUGAAGGGUGUCGUCUGAGGGAAGCUGUACUGUGCGGAUUUCUGCCUUGUUUUUCAAUUGGCUGCAAGGGAGCAGAAUGCAGUUACAAUGUAGAGGAGGGUACCUUUGCACCACCUCUCCCUCCCUCCCUCCUGCUCAUUUAUGAUGCGCCGCUGAUCCUUCCGGACUGGAGGACGUUUCCUGCAGAUACUGCGAUUGGUUGCGACUUGUUGGUAUAAAGGGAGGGGGGAACGAGGAGAGGGGAAUGGUAGAGGCUGUGGGGGCACACUGUGAAGGACUUUGGAUUUGAGGGAGCAGGUCUUUUAAAAGCUUGGCUGUUCUUGUUGGAAGCUGAUUUGUGUUUGAUACAGUCAAAUGUAUGAGGGUUCGAGGAUGCUUCUGUUUCCUACUCUGGCCAUCAGACCAGAAAUUAGGACUUACCAUUUCAGCAGGUUUUAUAAAUAAAAGUACUUUUGUUCAUUA